CCCCGGUGUCGUUCAACAAACCUGAGAGAAUAACUUUCUGCGGUGUCUUCACUACUGUUCAGCGUCUCAGGAGUCUCAGGAUGGUGGGCAAACAUGUGAGGAGAAUGGAUGAAGGUCUGAUGAUGAUGCAGGAGCUGGAGGAUCGCCUGAAGGAGCAGAUCGACAAACUGGAACACGUCCGCCUGGCUGCAGCAGAGCUGAAAGAAAACCUGUCUGGGAACGGUGGAGAUCUGCGUCAGUCCAUCGCUGAACACGUGGACUGGCUGAAUCAGCUAACGGAGCGCGUGGAAACACUCCAGAUGAAUACGUCCGUCUUCGUCCAGACGAACUCCAGGCCUCGAGUCUUCAGAGGGAAACAGCAGAGCUUCCGAAAUCCCACCCACUUCGGGCGUGGCCACCUGGUCGACGACGCCCAGUCGGAAUUCGGUUGGUCUCCGAUACGUACGAGGCGAAACAGCGACGCCGCGUCCGAGAUGUCGUGCGCCUGGUGAGCGUGAAAAACCCGCUGUUCCGUUUCUCAUGACGUGUCGUCACUUCUUAUAUUUAUACACCCGCUCUAUACGUCUGGGGUUUUUUCUUUAAAGUGAACAAAUGUACUACUGUGUUGUUGUUUUUGUAUAUGUUUUGUAAUACGCAAAUAAAGAAACACUUUCCUGUCA